UGUUGACAAUCAUUCCAGUCGGACUCCCACACAAGCAUGUGGAUAAGGUGCUACACACCAGACUCCAGUUUAGGCUAGUCAGGCCUCUGGGCCUCGCUAAUUAUGUCUGCGACACCGGAGGGUAUCGGAGAUCCUGAACUUGCAGUAGGCAGUCCGAAGACUGAAGAAGAGGCGUCGUGCAGCAGACCGAACUCUGUUGAUAGUGAAAUAGAAGAAGAUGAAUAUUUUAAACCGAUCAAGAAAUUGUGUAUGGAACAGCCACGUGACCACGUGCAUAAACCUCUCACGUCUUUUUUUAUUAAGGACAUUUUAAGUCAUACCUCAUCCAACAGGACUAGAUGUGCGCUGGAUAGAUCUAUAGUUAGACCGUGGGACUUGAAUAACCAAGAGGGACAUCGUAGAAGGCCACGCUCGGUAGAUUCUAGAUCGGAGAAGUCUGAAAGUGAUUCUCCCGAAAGUCCGGCUCUCAAUGGAAAUAAUUCGUCACCUCUCGAUGCCUUAUUCGAGAUGACCAGUAAGGCCUUCGAAGGUUUAGAAGCUAACGAAAAGAUUUCAGAUGUGUCACAAGAUCAUCUGAAUUUGUUUAGCAAUCGUCAACAACCUAAGAAGAAAAGAAAAUCGAGAACAGCAUUCACCAAUCAUCAGAUUUUUGAAUUAGAGAAGAGGUUCCUUUAUCAAAAAUAUUUAUCACCAGCUGACAGGGACGAAAUCGCCCAAUCUUUAGGAUUAACAAAUGCACAGGUCAUCACAUGGUUUCAGAAUAGAAGAGCGAAAUUGAAAAGAGAUAUGGAAGAAUUAAAAAAAGAUGUCAGCGCAGCUAAAAUGCACAACAUUCACAAGACGAUUAUUGAUAAUAUACAAGAUCUAAAUCUGAUGAAGAAAGAUGUGCACAAAAUUAGUGAUUGACGUGAAAGAAAUUUUGCAUAAUAAUCUUAAAAAUCUUCUGAAUUUUUACAUUCAUUUUUUUUCCUCUUAUUUCAUUUGUAAAGAAUUAAAUCAUUUAAAUUUCUUGUUAUAAACUCGAAAAAAAAACCAAAACUAUUUUGGUCGGACGUACUUAACUUUCGUUGUAUUAAAUUUAUAUCAAUAAUGACUGCCAUUUAUAGAAACACUGAACUUCUUAAGUGUGUAAAAGUGCUGAACCAAAGUGUGCAUAAGAUUAGAAAAUCUUAUUCUUUUUUUUUUUUUAAGUAUAAUAUAAAAUUCGCUAUAUUUGGUUGCGACAAUUGUUCCUUAAAUACUAUAAUUGGUCACCUAAAUUUCGUUGAUAGCAAAGAAAACCGUCCAUAUAACGAUAUAUAGCCUAUAUCAAACUUUAUAAAUUGAAAUAAUUUAAUGAAUUUAAACGAAGAUUAAUUAAAUUGUUUUUUUUUAAUAUUUAAAAAAAUUAAGCUAUAAUUUUAAUAUAAUCAGAGGUAUUUUUAAUGCCCUUUCUUUCCAUAUUAUAAUAAAAAUUAGCCUUUUAGAUAUACGAAAAUUAAAAUAUAGAUUAAAUAUUAAUUAAGAAAAGUAUAUAAAUUAAUUAUAUAGACACAAUUUAAUAAACAAUAUUUUUUAUGAAUUACGACAGUAAAAAUCAGAAGAUUAGAAAGAUUAUCAAGAAAAAAAAAUUCCUGGAGCGGAUUAAAAUAUUAGGAAGCUAGUCCUUGGGUUUUUAAAACCCAAUUGAGAGAUAUAACUAUGUAAUAUAUAUACAUAUUAUAUAUACAUACAUAUAUAAAUAUAUAUAUAUAGGCGCCUAAAUAUAUUAUCAUAUUUACACAUCAUGGGCUCAAUUCACAAUCCGGGAAACUUAUUUAAUAUUUAGGCCUAUGAAGUGUUUUUUUUUGUUUAAUUGUUUUCUCUUAAGGUCAAUUUAAAACGAACAAAUUCUUUCAUAUUGCUUUAUGUACUGUACUUUAUCACGAUUAAGGGCCGAAUACAUUAUUAAAAUAAAUAUAUAGGCCUAUAUAUUUCAGAUAGCGAUCAUAAUAUUAAAAUAAUUAUGAUUGAUUUGUUAUAAAAUUGUU